AUGCGGUAUUUGUCUAGUUUUCAACAAUUAAAAACAUUAUCAGAGCAAAAUUCCCUUUUUCAAAAUCUUAUAAUUCGUCAUUGGAGUUGUUUAAAAGAUGGAAAAGUUUAUAGUGAAAAAAAAUCAUUAAUACAUAUAGAUGUAAAAAAAGUUAAAGAUCAAUAUCAAAUUUUUGAAAAUGAGAAUCCAUUAAAGACUAUAUCAGGAAAUGUAUUUAAAUUUCCUCUUAGAAAGCGUUCAUUUGCUUAUAUGGUUUCUCAAGAAUUGUGUUCUUCUGUGUUUAAACGUUCUCAAUACCAUCUUUUGCCAUUAACAUCUCUUGCUAGUAAGGCUAUUGAUAUUUUUUCAUUAGAAAGUGCCAGAGAAAAUACAUACAAUGCACUUCUAAAGUAUUUAGAUACAGAUACUGUAUUAAUUUUUGCACCAGAAACUCAAUCUAAUGGUGAAUUACUUGCUUUGCAAAAAAAAUUGUGGGAACCUCUUCAUGAUUGGGCACAAAUGUACUGGAAAAUAAAUAUAUUUAAAGUGUUUUCUGAUUUAGGUAUUAAUGUUCGUCCACAACCUCAAGAAACAAAGAAUAAAAUUACUUUAUGGAUGCGCACACUUGAUAAAUGGCAAUUUGCUGCUCUUGAUCGUGCAGUUUGUGCUACUAAAAGCUUUAUUAUUGGCGCAAAAAUGAUUGCAACAGAAAACAAUUUAUUAAGUAACCAUUUAAGUCCAGAAAAGGCAUGUGAUUUAGCACAAUUAGAGAUUAAUUUUCAAAUAUCACAAUGGGGCGAAAUUAAAGAAUCACAUGAUGUAGAAAAUCAAAAUAUAAGACAAUUGUUAAGAAGUGUAAAUGCUAUACUAAAAGACGAUAAAUAA